ACAAAAAUUACUCAUCCGUUAGAUGGCGGUAGAGCAGCUGUAUGGACGCAAACUGCCGCAGACGCACGAAGUAGACGAAGAAGAAACACCGGAAGUAAACAUGCAUCGGCCGCUGUGAGUGCCGACGAGCGACCAGAAAUGUCUGGGACCGGCGAGCUGCUGCUGCUGCUGGCGGCUCUCCUCGGCUUCUCCGCGGGACGGUCGGACGUCUUCCUGUCCGGCCCGGAAGUCGUCACCCUGCAGGAGGAUUCCGACGCGGGAGUCCCGCUCCGAGCCAGCUCGGCCCUGGAGGAUCCGGUGGAGAUCCACCUUAACGUGACCUUCCACUCCAGGAAGAACUGGUCCUCCAUCGUCCUGCUCCCGGAGCAGAUUUUUUUCCCAGAAAACGGAACCGUGGUGGUUUUCAACGUGUCGGCCGGCCGGGUGGGUCAGGUGACGGCCUUCCUGCAGAGCAACGACACCCGCGCGCUCAGGUCCCGGGUUCGGAUCCGCUUCCUGGUGGUCCGCAGCAGCGCCCUGUCGGUGCUGGGUCAGGUGAUCGGCUGGAUCUACUUCCUGGCCUGGUCGGUGUCUUUUUACCCGCAGGUCUGGACCAACUGGACCCGGAAGAGUGUCGUGGGACUGAACUUUGACUUCCUGGCUCUGAACCUGACCGGGUUCCUGGCCUACAGCAUCUUCAACGUGGGCCUGUUCUGGAUCCCCAGCAUCCAGGAGGAGUUCCUGCGGCGGAACCCCAAUGGGAUCAACCCGGUCAGCGCCAACGACGUGUUCUUCAGCCUCCACGCGCUGCUGCUCUGCCUCAUCUACGUUCUCCAGGCGGCGGCCUACGAGAGGGGGGGCCAGAGGGUGUCGCGCAUCGCCGGCGUCCUGCUGCUCAUCGGCUGGGCCUUCGCGCUGGUCAGCCUGUCGCUGGCCGUCGCCGGGAAGAUCGGCUGGCUGGAUUACCUCUACGAUUUCUCCUACAUCAAGCUCGCAGUCACGCUGGUCAAAUACGUGCCACAGGCCGUCAUGAACCACCGCCGGCGGAGCACCGAGGGCUGGAGCGUGGGGAACGUCCUCCUGGAUUUUACCGGCGGAACGCUGAGCAUCGGGCAGAUGAUCCUGCAGUCCUACAACAACGACCAGUGGGACCUGGUCUUCGGCGAUCCCACCAAGUUCGGGCUGGGCCUGUUCUCCGUUCUGUUCGACGUUCUCUUCAUCGCUCAGCACUACUGUCUGUACCGGAGAGCCCCGCCGGACUACCAGAUCCUGGACACGUCCGAGGACCCCGACGGGCCGGAGGACCGCCGCUGAGACCCCGAAAAGAAUCCAAUAAAAUCUUUUCUGCA